AUGGGAAAAAAUGCAGAGAAAAAUAGAUUAACUAGGCUAGCAAUUGUAAAUCCAGAUUUGUGUAGGCCCAAAGAAUGUCACUUAGAGUGUAAAAGAGCUUGCCCUGUAAAUAAAAUCGGGAAGGAUUGUAUAACAGUGGUUCAUGAAUCCAAGAUCUCUGCCAUAAGUGAAAUACUUUGUAUAGGGUGUGGUGCAUGUCAAAAAAAAUGUCCGUUCAAAGCCAUAACAAUUAUAAAUCUUCCAACAAGUUUAGAUAAGGACAUUUCUCAUAGACACUCAAUAAAUGGCUUUAAAUUGCAUAGAUUGCCACUACCUAAACCAGGCCAGGUUCUAGGGCUAGUGGGUACAAAUGGUAUAGGAAAGACUACGGCUUUAAAGAUUCUAACAGGUAAAUUGAAACCAAAUUUGGGGGAUUUCGAAAAUCCACCGGAUUGGAUCAAAAUUUUGAACAAUUACAAGGGAUCGGAGUUACAAGCUUAUCUAACAAAGAUAUUGGGAGGUGAGAUAGAGUCUAUAACCAAGAUACAGUAUAUAGACAGAAUACCAAAGGCCUUAAAGAGAAUUUACAAGAAGGAAAAACUGACUGUUGGCGAGGUUCUCAAGGACAGAGAUGAGAGAGGGUCUAGAAAUGACCUCAUCAACUCAUUAGCUCUAGAAGAGUUGCUGGAGAGAGAUCUAGAGGAAUUGAGUGGUGGAGAGCUGCAAAGAUUUGCUAUAGCAGUAACUUGUCUCAAAAACUGUGAUGUGUACAUGUUUGAUGAACCUUCCAGCUAUUUGGAUGUGAAGCAGAGGCUUUAUGUAGCCAAGGUUAUAAGGGAAUUGUGCAGAGAUAACAAAUACGUUAUUGUUGUAGAACAUGACUUGGCAAUCUUGGAUUUAAUGUGUGAUUAUGGAUGUGUACUUUAUGGAUCACCAGGAGCGUAUGGUGUUAUAACACAACCAUUUUCUAUAAAAUCAGCAAUUAACAUUUUCUUAGAUGGAAUGGUACCAACUGAGAACAUGAGGUUCAGAAAGGAAGGUCUAGCCUUUAAUAUUUCCGAAAAACCAGAGGUAGAUGUCAGAGAUAGGUCUUGCUAUGAGUAUGAAGAGAUGGUCAAAACAUGGAAAGAUAGAUCAACGGAAAAAAGAGGAUUUGAGUUACAAAUAGAAAGAGGGAGCUUUAAUAAUUCAGAAAUAAUUCUGUUUUUAGGUGAGAAUGGGAUGGGGAAGACCACUAUGGUGGGUCUUAUUUCUGGAGUGAUUCAAAGUGAUGAUGAGAGUAAGAAAUUUCCAGAAAUGACAGUAAGUCUAAAGCCACAAAAAAUACUUCCAAAAUUCAAAGGAACGGUUAGAGAACUCUUCAUGUCCAAGAUAAGACCAUCCUUUACCAGCCACGCUUUCCUUACAGAGGUAGUAAAGCCACUAAACAUAGAGUACAUCUUUGACCAACCUGUUACAAAUCUAAGUGGUGGUGAAUUACAGCGAGUUGCAAUCAUUUUAUGUCUUGGAAAAGAGGCAGAUCUGUACCUCUUAGAUGAGCCGUCAGCCUACUUAGAUUCUGAUCAAAGGAUAGGCAUAGCUAAGGUUAUUAAAAGGUACAUUUACGGUAAGAAAAAGACGGCAUUUGUUGUAGAACAUGAUCUUAUAGUUGGUACCUACUUAGCAGAUAGGGUAGUUCUCUUUGAUGGUAUUCCUGGAAUCAAAAGCACAGCAUCUUCACCCAUUUCUUUGGUGGAUGGUAUGAACCUCUUUCUCAAAAGGCUUAAUGUCACCUUUAGGAGAGAUCCUUCUAAUUACAGACCCAGGGUUAAUAAACCGGGAAGUGCUAAGGAUAGAGAACAAAAAGAAAAAAACGAGUAUUUUUUUAGCUAG